AAAGGGCCACCUUUUGCAUUUCCAUUGUGGCGCACAUGGGCACGAGUGCGCGCGCUCGUUCUCGCUCCCCUUUAGGAAGUGAAAAAUACCACCUUAAAUUCCACCUCUCGAGUGAAACUUUUCGCGGCUAACUCCGUCGGUCCACCUUAAGCGCACACGCAAAACGCAGGAGGCGUACUGCGAGGUUUCCGCUUCUCAGUUGGGCUCGGACCGCGGCUCACGAAAAACACGGAGAGUAACGUACACGGUUGUCGCACUAAGGUAAGAAAAAAAAAAGAGAAGAAGCGAACCAGCCGAGCAAAAAAAAAAAAAAAGAUGUCUGAAUCCAAGUACCGCGAGUGGAUACUGGACACUAUCGACUCGCUGCGGUCGCGAAAAGCACGGCCGGACUUGGAGAGGAUUUGCCGAAUGGUCCGGAGACGACACGGGUCCGAGCCCGACCGAACCUGCGCAGAACUGGAGAAACUGAUUCAGGAACAAACCGUGCUUAAAGUUAACUACAAGGGCUCUAUUUCAUACCGAAACGCCGCCAAGGUUCAGCGGAGGAGCAGGAAAAAAGACGAUGUAGCGUUAACGACGGCUGCGAGAAGGAGCGCGGUGGAAGAAGCCAGUCAUUCUGACUUGAGCAACGGGGACAGCGCUUUCGGUCCCGUGGACCAGGACGAGGAGGAUUUGGAGGCUGACACUUCUAUGGCAAUGGACACAGAUAGUAAUGCAGAUGAGGAGGGGGCUGAUGAGAGCCGUGACGGGCAGGACAGACCCUCUCCUGCCCGCACGUACGAAGAUGCAGCCAUGAACUGUGCCUCUGCGCGAGCUGUCUCUGCCCCCUGCUCUCCCUCUGGCAAUCGCCCUGUCCCCGGCCCCGGCCCUGGCUGCAGCCCCGGCUCGGGUCUGGACUGUGUCUCUUUCCAGAAGGCUGCUGAGAGGCCCAGCUCCUUGCCCCCCUCCAGCCCCAGGGCCCUCGCACACAAUGACUGGGCCUAUCAUUCUGCUGUUUGCCCAGCGGAGCGCCAGCACCCAGGAAUGCAGAGAGACAAAGCAGCCACGAAGCCAGCAAUCCAAUCGGUAACUACCAGCCCCGGCACUUUAAAGAACAACGUGAAGAAAGAAGAUGGAGGCAAGGCGGAGGAUAGUGGCCUUUCGUCUGACCAGCUGGUACCAGACUAUGCAGCAGGGCUGGAUGAGACCAAGAAUGUAUCUGAUGGAAGACCACAGACACUAUCUUUGCCUUCAGACAACUGUACAUUUAAGAAUAAGAUAGACAUAUCCCCCUUCACAGCAGCUGAAGACAGUCUUCUGAAUGGUGGUAAAGCUGAUGAAGUCUCUGUGAAGACGGAGAAGAUGAGCCAGAACUUGUUGCAGUGGACGGUGGCAGAUGUCGCCAGUUACUUCUCAGCUGCAGGCUUUCCAGAGCAGGCUGUGGCUUUUCGGACGCAGGAAAUUGAUGGGAAGUCCCUUCUCUUAAUGCAGCGCAGUGACGUGUUGACUGGUUUGUCUAUCCGACUUGGCCCUGCACUCAAAAUCUAUGAGCGCCAUGUAAAGGUGCUGCAGAGGACCCACUUCCUGGAAUACGAAGACCUCUGAAGUCAUGAUUCACAUGACAGACACACAGACAAUACACUGCAUUGACCUGAACGUGCAUGCAGUGCCCUCUCCCAUCUGGACCCUGCCACCCACCUUCAUAUACAGAAUAUAGGGGGUGAGUGUGGGGGAAGGCUGCGGUGGAAUUAACUUUCACUGUGAGUAUGACCAGAAACUGAAAGACAGUCAUCCUACCUCUCAUUAUGGUCUUUGGUUUUCAUUUCACCCAUGUGGCCAUUCGAUUGCAUUGUCAAGGGAAUAGACCGCUGUGUUCAGAGUAUGCUUUAAAGUGGAGAACCAGUAACCUUUCUGCACGAGUAAAGGAUGGAUAAAGCAGCCACUGAAGGGGACUGAGCCCUUGCAUCAAGUGGACCACUUAUGGGCUAAUGUAUCUACAGAGACAUGACUGCAUAGUGCUGUGAGCAAAGUGUCGUCACAGUUUUGGGUCCACAAGAAAAUGCCGGUUCUCUGUGGUAGUGGCGCCGCCGCAACAAGCUGACAUUUUCUCGUCUCCCUGUAUGCUCCCUGCUGUAUCUACCACGGUACACACGUUUGUCCAGAAGCUGUCUGUAAGUCACGUACGACACAGAUAUACAUGAAGUUCAUCUGUGUUGUGCUUUUUCCUUUUCUCAUACGAUGAGUUGAAUUAAAUGUCAUCUAAAGUGCUGGGGAAGUCAGACUAUCUCCAUAUCUACAUCAAAAGUUACCAGAGAGUCUGAUUCCUGACUUAUCAUGCCAAUAGCUGCUGAUGUUGGGUUAUGUUUCCAACGUCUCUGUAACACGGAGAUAUAACCAAUAUGAUAUACUACUACCUGCUGGCAAGGCAAUAUGUUUUUUGUUUUUUUCUAUCUUAUUUAGAUCUGACUGUGGUCCAACUUAAUACAGCUGCAUUUUGGGGAACAAUUACAGAUAGAUGUGACCAGAAAAUGUGCAGCCUAAUGGAAUUUGCUUUCAUACAUAAGCAAAAUAAAGUAAUAAACUUGGGGAAUUGUUAUUGUAAUACUGAAUAUAUUGUUUUAAAUUUAAUACGGCUGCUCAGUGCCUGUUUACAGAGCAGAUAUGUUGAUCAAAUGCAAUAUUUUAUGUUAUCAUCCAUUUAUAAUUUGUCCAGUGUUUCUUUGUGUUAUGAUCUAAGUCAGCCUCUUGAAUUGUAACAUUCCAUGAUGUAUGUAAUGUAUCUCCUCUUUUUAUCUGUAACAUUGACAUUUCUUCCAGAGUCCCAAAUAAAGCUCGUGUCUCUCUGUUCA